GUGACUUUUGUGUUGUGGGCCGGAACUGUUUAACUGUACGUGUAACCAUACGUGAUUGUGAAUGCAAUGCUGCGGAAGUAAUUUAUUUAUUUACAAACAACUUUUUUGAUAAAUUCGGUUGUCAAACCAUCCACGAAUUUUUUAGUCUACAGUAACAGCACCAGUCAUGGCAGACCAAGAACAGAAAGGAAUUGAACUCGUUGCAGAAGCUGAAAAGAAAUUAAAAUCUUCUCAAGGCUUUUUCAGCUCGUUAUUUGGAAGUUCGAAUAAAGUUGAAGAUGCCUGUGAUUUGUACCAUAGAGCUGCCAAUGCAUUUAAAAUAGCUAAGAAAUGGACUGCUGCUGGUGGAGCCUAUUGUGAAGCAGCAGAGUUGCAUUUAAAGAGUGGCAGCCGUCACGAUGCGGCAACAGCUUAUGUGGAUGCUGGAAACUGCUAUAAGAAAACAGAUCCUCAAGAAGCUAUCAGUUGUCUCAUGAAAGCUGUGGAGCUGUACACAGAUAUGGGUCGUUUUACUAUUGCUGCGAAACAUCUUGUGUCUACAGCUGAAAUUUAUGAAACAAGUGAUAUUGAAAAGGCCAUCAGUUGUUAUGCGCAGGCUGCCGAUUAUUACAGAGGGGAAGAGUCCAACAGUUCAGCCAACAAAUGCCUCCUCAGUGUAGCCAAAUAUUCUGCUCAAUUAGAACAGUUUGAAAAAGCAAUUGAAAUUUACGAGCAGAUAGCUGCCUCCAGCCUUGAAAGCUCUCUGCUCAAAUAUAGUGCCAAGGAUUACUUCUUUCGGGCUGGACUCUGCCAUUUGUGUGUUGACCUUUUAAAUGCUCAGUAUGCUGUUGCAAGAUAUGAAGAAAUGAAUCCUUCCUUCACAGAUUCAAGAGAAUGCAAGCUUUUAAAGGCUCUCAUGGAAAAAUUAGAAGAACAAGAUGUGGACGGUUUCACCGAUGCAGUAAAAGAAUAUGACUCCAUAUCCCGCUUGGACCAGUGGUACACCACUAUUUUGCUUCGCAUCAAAAAAUCUAUCCAAGAUGCACCCGAUUUACGUUGAUCUUCCCUCUGUUUGAAAUCUAUAUAUUUGAGUAUAAUGUACAUAAAGCAUGAAAGAAAACUAUUUUCAAUAUCAUCGAUGAUUCUGAAAUAUUUUGUAAAUAAUUUUUGUUGAAUAUUCAAUUCCAAAUAUAUAUCCUUCCAUCUUGUUUUGUUUUCUG